AUGGAAACUCACCAGUUCAAGGCUCGCCCGGGUCCCAUGUUCGUGGCUCUCACCAACGGACCAUCUGAAGAGGUGCCUUCGCGUAGAAUCCUCUACGAGCCCGAGGAAGCAGCGAGUAGUGCGGCUCAGCUCGGCGGCAAGCUCUCGUCCUUUGCGUUACCAUUGCGAGCAUCGCCAGCACCGAAUUUCUCUUCGAGCGACCACAAGGACCAUGGUACCGAUACUCUUCCACUGCCCUCCAAGCGGCACAAGACUUCGGGCAUCGGAGCGCUCCAAGACCAGAAUCCCUCGUUCGGCAAGCCGCCCACUGGGACGGCUACCUCCUAUGCUGCCGCAUCGAAGGCUUCAACCUUUAGCCUAGGUGAAGUACCUCAGCCCCGCACCCAGUUCGACAAGUCAGUGGACAGCCAAGCAGUCCUCGGAAAGCGGCAGCGUGAAGCAGAAAUCGCAGUA